ACUCGACCGAGACACACGCGGCGGUUUAUCACGCGCGUUCCGCGGAUUCUCGAUGGCGUUCCGAGGCUUUACAUGGGGAGGCGGACUGCGCUCAGCAGGCGUCGCGGUCGGCGUUGCAGCUGCGGCCGCUGCCGGCUGUUAUCUGCUUUACAAGAAAUGGGUUAGAGCAUCUAAGCGCACCCGAGAUGUCGCGGUGCAUCCGGAGCCGGAGGAAAACCUUCCGCAGGACAGGAGACAGUCAGAAGGGACACCGGUGGACAAUGUGCAGGAGAACAGGAGACAGUCAGAAGGGACACCGGUGGACAAUGUGCAGGAGAACAGGAGACAGUCAGAAGGGACACCGGUGGACAAUGUGUUGGAGGACGUUAGACAGUCAGAAGGGACACCGGUGGACAAUGUGCAGGAGGGUGUUAGACAGUCCGAAGGGACACAGAUGGACAUUGUGUCGGAGGGUGUUAGACAGUCAGAAGGGACACAGAUGGACAUUGUGUCGGAGGACAGGAGACAGUCAGAAGGGACACCAGUGGACAAUUUGUCGGAGGACAGGAGACAGUCAGAAGGGACACCUGUGGACAAUGUGUCGGCGGACGUUAGACAGUCAGAAGGGACACCUGUGGACAAUGUGCAGGAGGACAAAAGACAGUCAGAAGGGACACCGGUGGACAAUGUGUUGAAGGACGUUAGACAGUCAGAAGGGACACCAGUGGACAAUGUUUUGGAGGACGUUAGACAGACAGAAGGGACACCGGUGGACAAUGUGCAGGAGGGUGUUAGACAGUCAGAAGGGACACAGGUGGACAAUGUGUCGGAGGACAGGAGACAGUCAGAAGGGACACCUGUGGACAAUGUGUCGGCAGACGUUAGACAGUCAGAAGGGACACCGGUGGACAAUGUGCAGGAGGACAAAAGACAGUCAGAAGGGACACCGGUGGACAAUGUGUUGGAGGACGUUAGACAGUCAGAAGGGACACCAGUGGACAAUGUUUUGGAGGACGUUAGACAGUCAGAAGGGACACCGGUGGACAAUGUGCAGGAGGGUGUUAGACAGUCAGAAGGGACACAGGUGGACAAUGUGUCGGAGGACAGGAGACAGUCAGAAGGGACACCGGUGGACAAUGUGUCGGAGGACGUUAGACAGUCAGAAGGGACACCGGUGGACAAUGUGUCGGAGGAUGUUAGAAAGUCAGAAGGGACACAGAUGGGCAAUGUGUCGGAGGGCGUUAGACAGUCAGAAGGGACACAGAUGGACAAUGUGCAGGAGGACAGGAGACAGUCAGAAGGGACACCGGUGGACAAUGUGUCGGAGGAUGUUAGAAAGUCAGAAGGGACACAGAUGGACAAUGUGUCGGAGGAUGUUAGACAGUCAGAAGGGACACAGAUGGACAAUGUGUCGGAGGACAGGAGACAGUCAGAAGGGACACCGGUGGACAAUGUGCAGGAGAACAGGAGACAGUCAGAAGGGACACCGGUGGACAAUGUGUUGGAGGACGUUAGACAGUCAGAAGGGACACCGGUGGACAAUGUGCAGGAGGGUGUUAGACAGUCCGAAGGGACACAGAUGGACAUUGUGUCGGAGGGUGUUAGACAGUCAGAAGGGACACAGAUGGACAUUGUGUCGGAGGACAGGAGACAGUCAGAAGGGACACCAGUGGACAAUUUGUCGGAGGACAGGAGACAGUCAGAAGGGACACCUGUGGACAAUGUGUCGGCGGACGUUAGACAGUCAGAAUUGACACCUGUGGACAAUGUGCAGGAGGACAAAAGACAGUCAGAAGGGACACCGGUGGACAAUGUGUUGAAGGACGUUAGACAGUCAGAAGGGACACCAGUGGACAAUGUUUUGGAGGACGUUAGACAGACAGAAGGGACACCGGUGGACAAUGUGCAGGAGGGUGUUAGACAGUCAGAAGGGACACAGGUGGACAAUGUGUCGGAGGACAGGAGACAGUCAGAAGGGACACCUGUGGACAAUGUGUCGGCAGACGUUAGACAGUCAGAAGGGACACCGGUGGACAAUGUGCAGAAGGACAAAAGACAGUCAGAAGGGACACCGGUGGACAAUGUGUUGGAGGACGUUAGACAGUCAGAAGGGACACCAGUGGACAAUGUUUUGGAGGGUGUUAGACAGUCAGAAGGGACACAGGUGGACAAUGUGUCGGAGGACAGGAGACAGUCAGAAGGGACACCGGUGGACAAUGUGUCGGAGGACGUUAGACAGUCAGAAGGGACACCGGUGGACAAUGUGUCGGAGGAUGUUAGAAAGUCAGAAGGGACACAGAUGGGCAAUGUGUCGGAGGGCGUUAGACAGUCAGAAGGGACACAGAUGGACAAUGUGCAGGAGGACAGAAGACAGUCAGAAGGGACACCGGUGGACAAUGUGUUGGAGGACGUUAGACAGUCAGAAGGGACACCGGUGGACAAUGUGCAGGAGGACAGGAGACAGUCAGAAGGGACACCGGUGGACAAUGUGCAGGAGGGUGUUAGACAGUCAGAAGGGACACCGGUGGACAAUGUGCAGGAGGACAGGAGACAGUCAGAAGGGACACAGGUGGACAAUGUGCAGGAGGGUGUUAGACAGUCAGAAGGGACACCGGUGGACAAUGUGCAGGAGGACAGGAGACAGUCAGAAGGGACACCGGUGGACAAUGUGCAGGAGGGUGUUAGACAGUUAGAAGGGACACCGGUGGACAAUGUGCAGGAGGACAGGAGACAGUCAGAAGGGACACCGGUGGACAAUGUGUUGGAGGACGUUAGACAGUCAGAAGGGACACCGGUGGACAAUGUGUCGGAGGACGUUAGACAGUCAGAAGGGACACCGGUGGACAAUGUGCAGGAGGACAGAAGACAGUCAGAAGGGACCCCGGUGGACAAUGUGUUGGAGGACGUUAGACAGUCAGAAGGGACACAGAUGGACAAUGUGUCGGACGAUGUUAGACAGUCAGAAGGGACACAGGUGGGCAAUGUGUCGGAGGACGUUAGACAGUCAGAAGGGACACCGGUGGACAAUGUGUCGGAGGACAGGAGACAGUCAGAAGGAACACAGGUGGACAAUGUGUCGGAGGACAUUAGACAGUCAGAAGGGACACAGGUGGACAAUGUGUCGGAGGACAGGAGACAGUCAGAAGGGACACAGGUGGACAAUGUGUCGGAGGACAGGAGACAGUCAGAAGAGAUACCGGUGAACGUUAGACAGUCAGAAGGGACACAGGUGGAGAAUGUGCUGGAGGACGUUAGACAGUCAGAAGGGACACCGGUGGACGUUAGACAGUCAGAAGGGAACCCGGUGGACAAUGUGCAGGAGGACAGGAGACAGUCAGAAGGAACACCGGUGGACAAUGUGCAGGAGGACAGGAGACAGUCAGAAGGGACACCGGUGGACAAUGUGCAGGAGGACAGGAGACAGUCAGAAGGGACACCGGUGGACAAUGUGUCGGAGGACAUUAGACAGUCAGAAGGGACACCGGUGGACAAUGUGUCGGAGGACAGGAGACAGUCAGAAGGGACACCGGUGGACAAUGUGUCGGAGGACAGGAGACAGUCAGAAGGGACACCGGUGGACAAUGUGCAGGAGGACAGAAGACAGUCAGAAGGGACCCCGGUGGACAAUGUGUUGGAGGACGUUAGACAGUCAGAAGGGACACAGAUGGACAAUGUGUCGGACGAUGUUAGACAGUCAGAAGGGACACAGGUGGGCAAUGUGUCGGAGGACGUUAGACAGUCAGAAGGGACACCGGUGGACAAUGUGUCGGAGGACAGGAGACAGUCAGAAGGGACACAGGUGGACAAUGUGUCGGAGGACAUUAGACAGUCAGAAGGGACACAGGUGGACAAUGUGUCGGAGGAUGUUAGACAGUCAGAAGGGACACAGAUGGACAAUGUGUCGGAGGACAGGAGACAGUCAGAAGGGACACCGGUGGACAAUGUGCAGGAGAACAGGAGACAGUCAGAAGGGACACCGGUGGACAAUGUGUUGGAGGACGUUAGACAGUCAGAAGGGACACCGGUGGACAAUGUGCAGGAGGGUGUUAGACAGUCCGAAGGGACACAGAUGGACAUUGUGUCGGAGGGUGUUAGACAGUCAGAAGGGACACAGAUGGACAUUGUGUCGGAGGACAGGAGACAGUCAGAAGGGACACCAGUGGACAAUUUGUCGGAGGACAGGAGACAGUCAGAAGGGACACCUGUGGACAAUGUGUCGGCGGACGUUAGACAGUCAGAAUUGACACCUGUGGACAAUGUGCAGGAGGACAAAAGACAGUCAGAAGGGACACCGGUGGACAAUGUGUUGAAGGACGUUAGACAGUCAGAAGGGACACCAGUGGACAAUGUUUUGGAGGACGUUAGACAGACAGAAGGGACACCGGUGGACAAUGUGCAGGAGGGUGUUAGACAGUCAGAAGGGACACAGGUGGACAAUGUGUCGGAGGACAGGAGACAGUCAGAAGGGACACCUGUGGACAAUGUGUCGGCAGACGUUAGACAGUCAGAAGGGACACCGGUGGACAAUGUGCAGAAGGACAAAAGACAGUCAGAAGGGACACCGGUGGACAAUGUGUUGGAGGACGUUAGACAGUCAGAAGGGACACCAGUGGACAAUGUUUUGGAGGGUGUUAGACAGUCAGAAGGGACACAGGUGGACAAUGUGUCGGAGGACAGGAGACAGUCAGAAGGGACACCGGUGGACAAUGUGUCGGAGGACGUUAGACAGUCAGAAGGGACACCGGUGGACAAUGUGUCGGAGGAUGUUAGAAAGUCAGAAGGGACACAGAUGGGCAAUGUGUCGGAGGGCGUUAGACAGUCAGAAGGGACACAGAUGGACAAUGUGCAGGAGGACAGAAGACAGUCAGAAGGGACACCGGUGGACAAUGUGUUGGAGGACGUUAGACAGUCAGAAGGGACACCGGUGGACAAUGUGCAGGAGGACAGGAGACAGUCAGAAGGGACACCGGUGGACAAUGUGCAGGAGGGUGUUAGACAGUCAGAAGGGACACCGGUGGACAAUGUGCAGGAGGACAGGAGACAGUCAGAAGGGACACAGGUGGACAAUGUGCAGGAGGGUGUUAGACAGUCAGAAGGGACACCGGUGGACAAUGUGCAGGAGGACAGGAGACAGUCAGAAGGGACACCGGUGGACAAUGUGCAGGAGGGUGUUAGACAGUUAGAAGGGACACCGGUGGACAAUGUGCAGGAGGACAGGAGACAGUCAGAAGGGACACCGGUGGACAAUGUGUUGGAGGACGUUAGACAGUCAGAAGGGACACCGGUGGACAAUGUGUCGGAGGACGUUAGACAGUCAGAAGGGACACCGGUGGACAAUGUGCAGGAGGACAGAAGACAGUCAGAAGGGACCCCGGUGGACAAUGUGUUGGAGGACGUUAGACAGUCAGAAGGGACACAGAUGGACAAUGUGUCGGACGAUGUUAGACAGUCAGAAGGGACACAGGUGGGCAAUGUGUCGGAGGACGUUAGACAGUCAGAAGGGACACCGGUGGACAAUGUGUCGGAGGACAGGAGACAGUCAGAAGGAACACAGGUGGACAAUGUGUCGGAGGACAUUAGACAGUCAGAAGGGACACAGGUGGACAAUGUGUCGGAGGACAGGAGACAGUCAGAAGGGACACAGGUGGACAAUGUGUCGGAGGACAGGAGACAGUCAGAAGGGACACUGGUAGACAAUGUGUCGGAGGACGUUAGACAGUCAGAAGAGACACAGGUGAACGUUAGACAGUCAGAAGGGACACAGGUGGAGAAUGUGCUGGAGGACGGUAUACAGCUAGUAGAGACACGGGUGGAAAACAUGUUGGCGAACAUUAGACAGGGUCGCUACACCUCAAUAGUCGUGAUCCGUUUUUCACGCCGGACACAAAACCCUUAAUUUAUAAGGGCUUACAAAGCACUGACUGACCAUAAUGCUGGCUCGGGACAAAGAAAUUAAAAACUAAAAAUUGGAUCAUAUGAAAGAGAUCAGACAGUGUUUAAGUCCUUGCUCAGGGGCCAAACUGUGGCAACUUUGCAGCAAUGGGGCUUGAACCAGCAACCUUCUGAUCAAUAAUAGUCUGAGUCUGUAAAGUUGCUUUGAGACAAUGUUCAUUGUAAAUGGUGCUAUAAAAAUAAAAUUGAUUUGACUAAAAGUAAA